AUGCAUGGUAUGGCUUUGAGUUCGGUGGUGGCGACGAUCGAGGUGGCGCGGGAAGCGGUGGGACGGCACCACAGCCGGAGGAAGGGUCCAGGGCAGUGCCGGUCGGUGAACGUUCAGUUCGUGGCGGCGCCUGUGUCGGUGGUGUGGUCGCUGGUGCGGCGCUUCGACCGGCCGCAGGAGUACAAGCAGUUCGUGCGGGGGUGCGCGCUGCGGGAGGGCGACGGCGGCGUGGGCAGCGUCCGCGAGGUGGAGGUGGCGUCGGGCCUUCCGGCGAGCAGCAGCACGGAGCGGCUCGACGCCCUGGACGACGAGCGGCACGUGAUGAGCUUCUCGAUCGUCGGAGGGGACCACCGGCUCAGGAACUACCGGGCGACCACGUCGCUCCACUGCGCCGCCGACGGGAAGGCCGGGACCGUCGUGGUGGAGUCGUACGUGGUGGACGUGCCGCCGGGGAACACGGAGGAGGACACGAUUGCCUUCGUCGACACCAUCGUCCGCUGCAACCUCCGCUCGCUCGCAUGCAUCGCCGAGGGGAUCGCCGGCGCUGGCGAUCGCUAG